AUGACACUUCUUGUCAAGUCUACCAAUGCCAACAUCAUCCAAGCAUGCCCCGGAGACCCCUGCAACGAAUGGCAUUCUGGAAAGGCAGUCUACUUGCAAUCUAAUGAGCAUGAUAACAGCGUUGUUUCAAUUCCAAUAGGACGUGAUGGGAAGCUUUCUGGUGGCAUAGUCAUUUCUUCGGGUGGCAAGGGAGGUGCCAGCAUCGACGGGACGACCAAGAAACCCGCAGGCCCGGACGCACUCUCUUCGCAAGGAUCGGUAACUGUGAGCGGCGAUUAUCUUUUUGCUGUAAACGCCGGCUCAAACACCCUCUCCAUGUUCAAAAUCGACCAGAACGAUGCAACACACUUGACUAUGAUCGGACAGCCUGCCGAGGUUCCUGGCGAAUUCCCCGUGACUGUUGGAGCAUCGGUGAAGCACAACAUGGCAUGCGUCGGGUAUACCGGGGCCAAGUCCGGCACGUCUUGCGCUCAAUUCACCCGAAUGGGACUGGGUCAGAUGAAACAGGUCGUCGAAAUUGACCUUGGCCAAACCACUCCUCCUAUGGGGCCCACGAAUACGGUCGCUCAGGUCUUCUUCGCUGCGGACGAGUCUCGAUUAAUCACCACCGUCAAGGGAGACCCUAGUACGAACAAAACGGGGUUCAUCUCUGUUCUGCCUUUCAAAGAUGCACGCUCACCUGCUUUCGAAGAUGGUGAUACAAGAAGCUCGCCUCCCGGGACUGCUGUGCUGUUUGGUGGUGUCAACGUUCCCGACACCUCAGAUCUCUUCAUCACGGACGCAUCCUUUGGGACUACACUGCUCAGUCUUAACUACACAACGGAAAAUCUGUUCUUGGAAAACAAAGUCACCAUCCAGGGUCAAAAGGCGACUUGCUGGGUUGCUUAUUCACAGGCGAGGAAGAGUUUUUUUGUGACCGAUGCUGCAGUCAACCGAUUGAUUGAGAUCAAUAAAGAUGGUUCGGAGAUCAUGUCGAGGUUGGAAUUGACCAAUGGCGACCCCGGACUCACUGACCUUCAGGUUGCUGGUCGCUUUGUUUAUGCCCUUUCUCCUGGCAACGGUACUAUGCCUGCGGCAAUCACCGUGGUAGAUUCAUUCAAGGGCUUACAAAUUCAGCAUUUCUUGCUGGAAAAGUUGGGUGCUGGGAAACGAUCGCAGGGCAUGGCGAUUCUUCAAUGA